AUGUGUUGCAACUACUACAGAAACUCAUGUGGUAGCUGUGGCUAUGGCUCUGGCUACGGCUGUGGCUAUGGCUCUGGCUACGGCUGUGGCUAUGGCUCUGGCUAUGGCUGUGGUUAUGGCUCUGGCUACGGCUGUGGUUAUGGCUCUGGCUAUGGCUGUGGAUAUGGCUCCAACUAUGGUUGUGGAUACGGCUCUGGCUACGGCUCUAGCUCUAGUUGCUGUGGCUACCGGCCAUUUUGCUAUAGAAGAUGUUAUUCUUGCUGCUAG